GCUCGCCACAGGGCCAAACGCAGCUCUCGAAAAUUAAACCGGCGCUCGGGGGAUUCGAACACACGGUCAAUGUCGUCAAGCGUGCAAGCCCCAACUUGGCGUCUAAGUCCUUCGAGUUCCCUGCCCACACGAUGGAGUCAAAUGGUGUGCCAAGGCUGAACUGGUUCAAGGCACUCGAUCAAAAUCAAGUACGAUUGUACUUGAAAGAUGCUGUUCAGAAGAACUCCGAGCUACCAACAGGAAUUACGCUGCAUAGCAUGCGCCGUGGAGGAAGCUUUUACCGUGUGUUCGAAUCCCCCGAGCGCCAGUUUAAUUUUCGAGAGCUUAUGGCGUAGUGUCGUUGGGAAGAUGCAAAGACAUGCUGCGAAAUCUCAUUACAAGGAACAUUUCAAAUGAAAUUGACCCGCGCAAUCUCUUGCGGGUCAAUGCUGCAAACUACGAAACAAGUUUGAAUGCCAUGAGCAUGCAAGCCUUGGGUGAUGCCAUCGUCAAAGGCCUCCAGGGGACCAUACAGUUCUCACCUGCGUUUGGCCCUGUGGCGAGUCUUGCGCCGACCCGACUGGCACCGGCGCCUGCCACGAAACCUGCCACGAUCCCCCGACGGCAAGCGACGCUUGACUCCUUCGUUCUUUAUGCAGUUGUUCCUACUGCACGAUCAGCCAUGGAUGCGUGGAAUCAGUGGUAUACCAGUGACCCACAAUUGGGUUUGUUCCAGCCGCUGCGUUCCUUCACGAAGGAAAUGAUUCGCGCCGACCGCCGCAAGUACUCUGAGCGCUUGACCCUGUCAAAGGCAUUUGCGAACUCAUACAGCAAUACCUUGAGCGAAGUCCGAAAGCGAAAGCGUGAGGGACGUCUCUAA